AUGUCGGAGAGGUUGCCUAAUAGAGCGAACUUCCAACGGGAUGGAAGAUAUUGUAGGAGAAGUAACGCUUCGCUGUCGAAUGGGAAGGCGGAGGAAAAUGUCGCGUCACAGAAUGGCGACGCGGACGUAAACAACACACCGAAGUCGAAUUCCCCGUCCGAUGGAGUUUUACGGCGAAUGGCUGAAAUGUGGAGAAAGAAACAACUCAACGAUGUAGUGUUAGCUGUCGGUAAACACCGUUUUGGGGCUCAUAAAUUGGUUUUAUCGGCAUGUAGCGGAUAUUUUCAUAAAAUAUUUGCCGAUGGUACCGAAGAGAACGGCGAUGACCAGUUUGUGUACAAUCUACACGGAAUAAGUCACCGAUCGAUAGAACUACUUUUAGAGUCUAUGUACACAACGCAACUGAAAAUACAUGUGGAUAACCUGGAGGAACUUUUAAGAGCUUCCGUCUAUUUGGAAAUGCCACACGCCGUGCAGAUUUGUUGCCAACACAUGAUGCUCAAUUUAACACCCAAAUCUUGCAUUACAAUAUUAACUUUAGUCAGUAACUUUGAACUAAACGAGCUACAGGAAGCGGCUGGUAAAAUGGCAGCCCGGCAUUUCAAGACAGUCUCAAAGUCGGAAGAUUUUCGUCGCAUACCACCGGAGCAGUUGAAAAAGUUUCUGUGUCGAGAUGAUAUCGAAGUGGAUUCCGAAUUAGAAGUGUUUCAGUCGUUCGUUAGCUGGAUACUUUACGAUAAAGAAAGAAGGAUAUGUUACUCCGUGAUGCUGCUUGAAUGUAUUCGCCUACCAAUGAUUAAACCCGUCGAUCUUGUCGAUCACGUCGAGACGGUGACGUUUCUGAUGCGAAUACCGGAAUGCGAAGCGUUGGUGAAAGAAGCUCUUCACUAUCACUGUCUGCCGCUCAGACAGAGUAUAUUGCAGUCUACGCGCACCACCCCGAGAUCAACCAUCAAGUUAGCUACUAUUGUUGUGAUAGGUGGCCAUCCAAGGCUAUCAAAAGACGAAGUGAACUCAGAGGUGACUUAUUAUAACCCACAAACCAAAGAAUGGCGACUUUUGACACGAAUGAUACACCCUUUACACCACCAUGCAGUGGCAGUACUUGGUGGUUUUCUUUAUGUCGCCGGAGGACGAAAGACAACAAAUCGAUCGGAGAUUCCCACUGAUACAGCCUACAGAUACGACCCAAGGACGGAUUCAUGGAUACAGAUUUCUUCGAUGAAAAAUAAACGGGAGAGUUUUCAGCUAGGUGUAUUGGAUGGAAUGUUAUAUGCUGUAGGUGGCCGCGUAGAUGAUGACACCUCAUUGGCUGACGUGGAAAGAUACAACCCAUUAAUCGACCAAUGGCAAGCCGUGGCGCCACUCAGCGAUGCCAGACGAAGUGUGGCCGUUGCUGCCCAUGGAGGAAGACUAUAUGGAAUGGGCGGAUCAGGUAACCGGCGCAUGUCAAAUAAAGUGGAACGAUACAAUCCUAAAACCAACAAAUGGGAAACCAAACGACCCAUGGCAACUCCGCGAUUUUUUGCUCUUCUGGUUUCUGUGAAGGCAAAGCUAUACUUUGUGGGUGGUGCCACGGUCGAUUCAUCUGGAAAUCUACUGUGUGUGCCCUCGGUUGACCAAUACGAUCCUAUGACUGAUACAUGGAGCAACCUGACACCUAUGUUUGAGCCACGAGCCGAAGCUGCAUGUACGGUGAACGACGGGAAGAUCUUUAUAGUGGGCGGGUACAGUUGGGAUUACAACACCUGGCUGAACAGUGUGGAAUGUUAUAAUGUUAGUUGUGAUGAAUGGACAUAUACUGAAUCAAUGCCUAAAGCAUAUACUGGAAUGGGAUGCUGUACACUAACGUUACACAAAUUACCAUGA